GACUGAGUCUGUGUGGUUUCAGAGAUAAAUGUAGAAGAUCCUACUCUAAAUCAAGGUUUUUACCAGUGCUUCUAAUCUUGGCCCAAAUAAAUAUGGCUUCAACACCUUCAUUCAUACAGUGUUAUCCAAAGACAGAAUUGUGAUUAUAAUACUUGAAAUGAAUCAAGUAGAAACUAACAAAAUGGUUUUAUAUUCUCCUGUUUACAACCCUCCAACAUGCAAAGAUGUUCUACCCAAAGCCUUCCUCCAGUUUAUUUGCUUGUUGCUUCUACUCCUACCUAUGGCUUACAUCUACGUGUUGACCGCAAACUUUGAACCUUUCCACCGGGGUUUCUAUUGUGAUGAUCAGAACCUUAAACAUCCAUAUAUGCAGCAGCAGGUUCCAAUAAGCCUCUGUAUUGUUAUCUGGGCUGCUAUAUCCAUAUUCUCGAUUGUUCUGGUUGAAACUUUAAGAUCCCUGGCGGAGAAAGGAAGAGAUAAGCCGAUUGCAAGAAGUAGAACCCCUUGGAUUGCUGUGGAAUUGUAUCGACAUUUUGGAUAUUUUUCUCUGGGAGCAAUCAGCUGUUUGCUUUUUACUGAGAUAGCAAAAUAUACCAUUGGUCGGCUCCGCCCCCAUUUCCUUACAGUUUGUAACCCGGAGUUUACUAGUCAACUAUGUCAGGAUGGAAGUGAGAUGAAUUAUGAAAAGUUUGUUGUUGAAGAUGAAAAUAUCAUAUGUCGAGGUUUAGAGGAGAACGGUGGGAACUAUACCAAGAAACAUCUUCACGAGGCCAGGUUAUCCUUCCUCUCAGGACACUCUUCAUUCUCAUUCUUCUGCGCAACCUUCGUCGUGGUCUAUCUUCAGUCUAGGCUGGCAAACUUUCCUAAAUCUAAUAAUAUGGUGAUCAAAGGAGUAUACAGGUUUUUGAAAGUGGUUCGACCAUUUGCUCAGUUUGGUUUAAUAAUGCUUGCUUUUUGGAUUUCCCUCACUCGUAUUAGUGAUUAUUUUCAUCAUCCGUUAGAUGUUCUAACAGGAGCUGGUGUUGGAGUUAUAUUUGCCUGUGUAACCCUGGUCGUGUGUGCGGAUAUAUUUAAUAAACGAUCAGUUUUUUGGACAAACUUUAACAAGUUCGGAGAACAGAUCAAGGUUCAGGGAUCACAGAACAUCCCGGAGAAAAGGACAGCGCAGAACCAAGGGUUUAGAAGAGAACGCGGAAACUCCAAUAAUAAAACGGAAAUAGAGAGAAGUGUAAGGCUACACCAGUUAUCACAGUUUCCAGGAUCACAUUUUCUAGCUCUCGCUAUACCUGAGGACACAGCUGAUGACAGUGUGGAUUCAUGCUCUGAGUCUAGACCUGGAUCUAGAGAUACUAACCUCCGUCCACUCACUGGGAUUAAAUACUCAUAGUUUCAUAAUCUUAAUCUUCUAAUCCUAAUCCUCAGGGCAUUAUGAGUCUGUCACAAGUAGGGUUUCCAACUUUUCCGAAUAAGUUCAUUGACGUUUUUGCCUAACAGAACCUAUCUUUGAUCGAUUAGGAAUGCGAAAUUUAUGAUAAUUAAGAAAGGAAUCUGUAUUAGCCAAACUACAAUUAAUCUACCAAACAAAGUAGGUUUCAUAUGCUGAAAAAGAUUAUUGAACAAUUUUUCCGUAUCUACAAUCAUUCCGUAAACUCCUAAAUUCCGUAAUUUAAGCACGGCUUAUUAAGUACUGUUUCGCUU